AUGCUUCUCAGAGAAUACACGCUCCUAGCAAUCCUUGUGUCUCUUAACGCCGUAAAUGCACUCUCGCUAGCCAUUCGAAUGCCCUCCGUGCUCUCAAAAGGCGGGGGUGGUCGAGGCGGAGGUGGAUCUGGAGGUGGUAGAGGAUCAUCAAGCAGUAGUGGUGGAAGCCGCGGCCCAACUGGCGCAAAUACAGGACGAGGCUCAAGUGGGGAUACAGGCCGUCCUGCUGUGUCGUUUUCCGCAAACGGCGUAAAUGGAAGAUCCGCAAACUACUUCUCAUACGGUGGCGGCAAGCCAUUCACGCUGCCUUCGUCUUCUGCCUUUGCCGGCCGCAGUAUAGGUGGAGGAACGCGAAACCAGGUCGUUGGAACGCCUAGAUAUGCAAGUGGGUAUCCAUACUCUGUCAGCAGACCAGAGUACGACACCACACGGCGUGGUGUCUUCGGUCAACCGUUCCCAUUCGGGUUCUACCCGGUCUACUGGGGAUAUCACGGAUAUGGCGGUGAAUAUGCUGGAGGAGAAGGGCAUAAUGCACAAUAUAACCUCUCUGUCAUCGCGGAACGGCCAGGCGGUAACCUCUCCUAUGUAAACCUCACACCAAAACAAGGCUCAACCCACGCCACAACCACGCGUAACGACUCAUACUGGAUGAUUGGCGACUACGAGUCGGUGAGCACGAUGCUCAGCCUGCUCGUUGAUUCGACUUUGAAAACCUACGGGUGUGGUGCAGUGAAUAGCACCAUCCUUCCGUUCAUUACCGUGCGUGCAGACGGUGGACCCCUCCAAUACAACACUUCCAACACGACGCUUGGGAAUUCGACUCUUACCAAUAAUGGCACGGCACCCCCCUUCCGAUUCGAGAAUGUUAUCCAAUGGUACCGUGCAAGCUCUUUUGCGCUUGCAUAUCAAGGCUACAAUAACACGUAUGCAUUCCCACCUUUGAACGAGACGACGUCUCCAUCCGACUGGGCAUCCUCGACACCCCUUCCAGACACACUGACGCAAUCAGGCUUCCUACGCUGCGUCAACACGACAAUCUCUGCUGCGCUUCCCAUCAUUGAUGGCGAACCCAAAAAGAAACUGAGCACUGGCGCGGUGGUAGGCAUCGUCCUUGGUUCCAUCUUUGGGGCGGCGAUCCUUGGAGUAGUGGCCUUUUUCGUGUGGAAAAAGUACGCCAAGAAGAAGGAGAAGAAAGAGUACAAAGCGGUGCCCGUAGGGCAUGAAAGGAAGCUGAGUGAGGGCCCAGUCGUACACGAGAGUGAACGAACUGCAGUCGACGAUGAUACACUACCUGCGUACUCUGGCAAGCCACUAGUUGAUGAUGCAAAAGAAAAGAAAUAG